UCAGGAUGGGUCUAAAACGGGUGUUAGUAACAUGGUCGAUCGCAAUUGUGUUAGUGGCAGUUUACAUGAAAGGGAAGGUUUUAUUCGAAGUACCGCCCCUGCCUCAGCUUGAGGAAACCUGGUGGGGUCCUAGAGACCCCUCGAAGGGAGACACCGAAAUCAGGCCCUUCAAAAUCAACGUUUCGGAUGAGGCACUCAAAGAUCUGCAGCGAAGAUUAGCAAACGCCUUACCUUUCCAAGAACCCUUAGAAGAUGUGAAGCAGCACUACGGUAUGAACGCCAAUCUCCUGAAGAACAUCGUCGACUUCUGGCGAACGAAGUACGACUGGAGGGAGAGGGAGAAGUUCCUCAACCAGUACCCCCAGUUCACGGUGAGCGUACAGGGGUUGAGGAUCCACUAUUUGCACGUCAAACCGAAAGAAACCAAGGGAGUGAAGGUUUUGCCCUUAUUGCUGCUCCAUGAUUGGCCAGGUUCGAUCAGGGAGUUCUACGAGAUGAUUCCUCUGCUCACCACCCCUCAGAAGGGAAGGGACUUCGUUUUUGAGGUUAUAGCACCCUCUAUGCCAGUUAAGUUUCCCUCUUUAUAGUUUAGUGCAUAAGUAUUGAAAGAUUUAAGACAAAAUUUUGAUUUUCCAACUAAUUUUAUGUCGUCUUUGCUACAUAGGCUACUAUUGUAUUGUUUGUUUUUUGCCAGCAUUUUCAACAACAUUCCGGUGGAAGUCCCAAGUGCGUGCGCCAGAUUUUCCAACGAAUUAAUAGUCCAUCCUGACUGCAUCCUGAGAGACAAAUUCAUGAACCUCGUCCAGAUUUCUGACCUCGAAGGAGGUCACUUUGCCGCAUUCGAAGCGCCCGAAGCUCUAGCUGGCGACGUUUACGCUUUCGUGGAAAAAGUAGAAGCGCUGAGGAAGAUCGACAAGUGAUUUAUUUUAGUCUUCUGUUGUUUUUUUGUAAAAAAAAAUAUGUUUCCAAUAAAGAUUUGUUAAGAAAA